CCCAGGGCAAGCCUCACGUGUGGGAAAGUAAUGCAUCUACCCGUGUCCUGUGAAAGCAGGAAGUUAUUCAGGACGCAGCCCAUCCUGGGCUGCAGGCUCACGCCCCCAGCCCAGCUAUAAAGGAGGCCCUCCCGCCGCCCGCCCGCCUGCCUGCCGCCACCCCAGCUGCAGUCCCCUCGGCGACAUGAGGCAGUUCCUGUCUCCAGCCACCCUUCUCCUUGUGGUCCUGUUCUUUCCAGGAUUGUCCAGGGUCACGUACGCUGACCAGCAGGACACCGAGGGUCCCAGGGGGCCAAAGGAAGGCUCCCCGGGACGUGGAACCAGAGGGUCUCACCCGUUACGGCACCAAGUAGAACGCCGCCUCUUACCUCGCACGCCCCCCUUCCCGGACAUUGAACCAGAUUUCAAAGUUGUCAACUGCAAGAGAGGCGAUGGCAGAUGUCAAAAAUAUUGUAAUUAUAUGGAACUACAACUAGGCUAUUGCUCUAAAAAGAAAGAAGCCUGCUGUUUACCUCAAAACUGAGGCUGUUGUCAUAAAAGCCAAAGCUUUGUCCACUCCCCGUUCUCCUGGGCCAUCAAUCCAGAUGUGGGUGUUUUGGAGAAGCUGCUGAGCAGAGAGGAGCUGAGGCUUGGUCAUCUGCGAGAGACAGUCUAAACAUCCUACUGCAGCAAAAGUCAAAAACUGCUAUACGUGCUCUUUUGGUGUGAUCUCAGAGAAAGUGACUUAGCUUGAGAUGUACCAUACCUUCCAAAUCACACAAUG